AAAAAAAAUAAAUAAAUAAAUGUCCAAAUUAUUGAACUACUUUGAAGUACUGUUCGUACAUCUGCUUCUGUUAAGCGUAAAAUGGGUGACAACACAGGCAUUGCAGCAUAAAAGUUUUCCUUGGCAGAAUAAUGAUAAGUUUUUCAAGCUAAAUUUCCGAACUGCUAAUGAUGUUUUACUGCAAGCGGCCUUAGACCGCCUUAACUUUAACAUAAAAGCAAACGAAUUAGAGUUAAAUCGAAGAGUUCAAGCGAUCAAUAGUCUUUAUAACGAAGUUACCGAAUGGGCUCGCAAUGAAUAUCAAACCGUGAUUGAUUAUCAGAAUAAAAUGUGUCAGGACGAACAACAACAACCGAUAUAUCAAAAUGAAUUGGAUGCAAAUGGUGAUAGGAACGGUGUUGAAGAAAAAGAAAAAAUGGUCAUUGAACAUGAAACGGAACAAAUGCAACCGCAUGGAUCGGAUUUAAAUGAAAAUCAACUUUACGAUGAUAGGAAAGAAGAAGAGGAAAAUGAAAAAUUACAACAGAGUAAAUUGGAUUUAAAUCGAGAUCAGGAUUAUGAUGAUCAGAUUGAACAAACGAGUCCUGACUAUGAAGACGAAUUUCCGCUUCAGGAUAAAUUGGGUUUAAAUCAUGGCCUAGAUGAUGAUCAGAUUGAACAAACGAGUCCUGACUAUGAAGACGAAUUUCCGCUUCAGGAUAAAUUGGGUUUAAAUCAUGGCCUAGAUGAUGAUAAUGGAAGAGAAAAAGUGGAUUUUGAUCGCGACGAAGGGGACGACGAAGAAGAAGACGAGACUCAUCAGCUCAAAUCGGAUACAAAUCAAGUGCAAGGUGAUAGUGGUAUAGAAGAAGUUCGUAAAGUGGAAGAGGAAUAUGUAAAUGAAAAUCAAAAAUUAGAUUACGAUAAUUUAGAAAAGUUGAGUACAGAGCUACUGAAGCUUAGUGAGAAUUUCAAAAUAUUAGAACAUGAAAUCGAAUCGCAUAUGUUGAUGAUUGGAGAGCACAUUAACGAAUAUCAGGCAUCUUUAGGCAGAUUGAAUACUUUGGAAGAAGAGGUGGAAAAUGAAGAUGAAGAUGAAGAUGAAAAUGAAAGUAGAGAGAGUUAUGUGAAAUACAAUUUCGCAUUCCGCAAUAAUUUGCAUAACUUGCUAGAAGCAAUCGAAUCAGAUAUAUCAAAUUGGGACAUCGAUAAAAGUCAAAAUUAAAAAAAUCAGAAAUAUUUUUGAAUGCAUUCAUUACUAUUCGCAAAAUAAAAUUCCGAUUAUAUAAGA